AUGCACGAAUCUCCGCUUGAUGAAGUGGCCUACCAAGCUAGUGGCGCCCGCAUGCCGGGUGCCAUGGUCAUCGGCGCAGUCGGCAGAGCGAUUUCUGGACGGGUAUCCGAGUUGAAGGCACGUUUGCGGCCCGAGCGGCAAGGAUCCCCUGCGCAAUCGUCAAAGAUUGGCACCAAGAUAACAGCGCUGUGGGAGCGCUGGCAUGGACCCCUAACCUUGUGCUUUUUGCUUGGGACUUUGGUGAACAUGAUGACUAAGGUGUACAUGGAUGCACGAUAUGACGACAUCUGUCGGUGCGCACAUCGCCCUGGCAGCCAAUUUUAUGAAAAUAUGCUUGGCCACAAAGUGGAGGAUUUUCUCAUGAUGCCAAAACCUUGGGACCCAUCUGGAAUCCAAAUUUUCUCUUACACCAUCGAUCUCACAAACACUGCUCAUUGCAUGUCAAUGUCUUUCCUCUAG